AUGACAUCAGUACAAGAGAGUGUCCCGGAUAUCGAAAUGGAAGGCUUCAACGAAAGUUUUGACAACUGGCUGCUCGGCAGCGACGAUGAUGCUGCAGGUGGUUUAGACGGCGACGAUAUGGUACCUGCGGUUGUUCUUGACACUGACAAUUCUGACACCGAAAUCUCAAAUGACGACUACGAUAGGAGCAGAGAACAUUGGGUGAACGAUGCUUGA